AUCCAGAAAAACCGAACGCAGCGUAAAUUCAUACUAUUAUCCAACCAAAAUUUUGUUGUCUUUCUUUCUUCAAAAGAGCCAACAACAAAGGUGAUGAGCUUGAGAUUGAGAAUGGAUAAAUAAAUGACGAGAAGAUGGUAGCAGCAGCAUCGUAAUAAGCAAAAUCUUCUUUUUCCGACCCCUACCCUUUUCAUCAUCUGUCGUCAGCAACCCCGUUCUCAAUCAAAUUUGUUUCUCGACUCUUUCACUUCAACUGUUCAUCCUUUCUUUUUCUCCUUCCAACUCAGUGAGCUGCUAUGGCGACGACUCAGUCCCCUGCUCCUCCCAACACCGACGAAGAUAAACCCCAAACAAUCUCAGAGGUUGUACAACAAGCAAAUGAGGUUCAACAAGAUGUUAGGCCGCCAGAGGCUACUAAACAGAAUGUUCCAGCAUCUGUGUUUGUGAACUCUGAACCUAUAAGAGAGGACCAGGUUUUGAAUGCUGUCAAAUUUCUUUCACAUCCCAAAGUUAGGGGUUCUCCUGUUGUUUAUAGAAGGUCGUUUCUCGAGAGGAAAGGCCUUACAAAAGAGGAGAUAGAUGAAGCUUUCCGGCGUGUGCCUGACCCUCCUCCUAGUUCACAACUAGCUAGUCUGAAUCAAGAUGGGCAAGUGAAGCCUUCAUCUACCGUUCAAACUCAAGCCACAACGCAAACUCCUCAGCCUGUGGCCGCUGCUCCUGCUAGUACUGGAUCUGUGGGAAUACUUGCAGGAUCACGGUUUCACUGGUAUCAUGCUGUUUUUGCUGUAGGGUUACUGGCGGCUUCAGGAGCUGGCACAGCUGUCUUAAUCAAGAAUGCUAUUAUCCCAAGGUUGAAGUCUUGGAUACGUAAAGUUGUGUUGGAAGAAGAAAAUGACCAUGCCAAGAGCAAUGCAAAACCAAGUUUGGCAGAAGAGGCAGCAGCUGCAGCAAAAGCAGCUGCGGCUGCAGCUGCUGAUGUUGCAAAAGCAAGCCAGGAAAUGUUGAACUCCAAAAACGAAGAGAGAAGGCACUUUGAGGAAUUUAUGAAUCUGAUAGAUGUGCAAGUACAAGAAAUGAAAUCAAUGAGUAAUGCUAUAAGGAAAUUGGAAGGACAAGCUAAUAGCUCUGGCAGAACAUUUGUCGAUCAUGAAGAUCAUAGAGUAUCAGCCUCAAGUGCAAAGCAUUCCUAUGCGAAUGGCAAGAUGGAUGCUGAUGUGCGCUCUGUGAGAUCUUCCUCACUGCCUGCAUCUGCUGAACCACCACAUCCGAAGUCAUAUAUGGAGAUUAUGGCUAUGGUCCAGAGAGGGGAGAAACCUUCAAAUAUCAGAGAAAUUAAUGAUAUGCCUCCCAACCCUAACCAGCAACCAUCAUAUCCUCGCAGAGCACCAAGAACUAAGCCCUGGGAGGCCCAAAAUGGAUCCAGCCAGGUACUCCAAUCUCAAGGAAGUGCUGGAGGCUUGAAUCAAAAAGUGCAAGACAAUGGGUUAAACUAUCUGGUUGAUAAUGAGAGCUCAACGCCUUGGUGGCAACGGAAAAAUGUUAGAAUCACAGAGAUUGAAAAUGAAGAUGAAGGUAAAGCUGGACCUUAUGGUGUAAGAACCAAUGAACAACCAAUUCCACGUACAUGGGUUCCUCCCCAGCCACCACCUGUAGCAAUGCCAGAAGCAGCUGAAGCCAUUCGACAGCCAAAAUUAUCAGCUCAGAGAGAAACUUCUAAACAAGAACAAUUGGCUGAUGAUCAGUCAGUGGCUCUCCCCUCAGAGGUUGAUGAGUUACAGAGGAUCACAGAAAUAUCAGAGUCAGCAGGAGCGGUGGAGAUGAAUGGAGGUGUUUCGGGCGUGAACUCCACUGAGAUACAAGAGCAAGAACACAGCUUUGAAGGGAACUGAUGCGUGAUUCCUUUUCGAGGGUAAGCUUGAUCUUAGGUUUACCGAUGCAUAUGUUUAAAAAUGAUAGAAGGCAAGGCAGUGAUACCUAGACCUUUCUCAUUAUGACAAGUUCUUUAUGUAGACUAAUAAUAAUAAUGCAUUGCCCGCUAUUAUUUGAAACUUUUGGUUUGCAUUGACAUGUCAAAAAAAUGUAAAUCCGAGCAUUCUCUGAAGAAUUUGCAUAUGAUUGUUCUGUUUUGAGUUCUACAGUAACAU